AGGCAUGGUUUAGUGAAAGUGAAUUCUUUAAUGUUGUUUUUUAUUAUUAUUAAUUAUUUUGUCAAGUCUUUGAUAGGGUGUUCAACUAUUUCCAAAGCAGCAGCACAAGUUAGUGAUUUGAAGCUUUUACAGAGAUUCCAUCUUUUCCUGGACAGAGAUUUUCUUUCACUAUGGAGGUCCUUUUUAAGGUAAGGACAAGGACAAACAUAUAAAAAAAUGAAUGCCAAAAAGAAGAAAAGUGGGGGGCUCUACCAUCUACAUUUGCCUUUGGAGGAUCAUCUACAAUGGGAGACUGAAAAGAACAAGCAGAUGCCUAAGACAUCCAGAAACCACAGUUAUUGGCAAUGAGAACCACUGCAGAAAAGCUUGGGUUGAGAGAAUGUUGCAGGUUGAAGCAAAGGACAGAGGCCUGUCCCUAACAGUAAUCUCCGGCACCAUAACAGCGGCGAAUUUCUUAGCUUCAACCUCUUUAGCCUUGAGCUCUCUGAUUGGAGCAUGGAUUGGGAGCUCUUCACACAACAUCUUCAUGAGUAGCAUUACAUAUGGUGACACAAGUCCUGCCAUAAUUUCUAUCAAAUAUAUUAGCAUUCUGGCCUGCUUCCUGCUUGCUUUGGCUUCCUUUUUACAGUGCAUAAGAAACUUUGUCCAUGCCAAUUUCCUCAUCAGCAUGCCAGACAAUGACAUUCCUUUGGCUCAUGUGGAGAAGGCUGUGAUAAGUGGUGGCUUGUUCUGGACUCUGGGGUUAAGAGCUAUCUACUUUGCCACUACUUUGCUCCUCUGGAUUUUUGGUCCAAUUCCGAUGUUUGUUUGUUCAGUGAUUAUGGUGUUGAUUUUGCACAGGCUUGAUUCAAAUUCCACUCCAUUGCAUCAGUUCCAACCAGCCAAGAGUCAUAAUGUGCUCAGGAAAAUUGGUGAAGAAAACAGCAGAAUAGAAAGGGUUAUUGAGCAACAACAUGAAAGAUCACACAUGGAUGGAAGCAGAGCUCAAGGUUGAAACCAACAACCAGCAUCAUGUAAAGUACAAACUAAGAGGCAAUAAGUAUAGGAGAAUAUCUUUGGAGUAUAACACUUGAGAGAGAGAGAGAGAGAGAGAGGUCUGGAAAAUCACAUGUUGUGUAUGCUAAUUCCCAUCGUAACAUUUUUUUUAGUAGCAAACUUUGACAUGAUCUGAUUUAAUGGUUUUAAUGGUUUUAAUAAUUUAAAUCAUUUUGAAUU